CUCCGAUCCGCAGUUUUGUGUUAUUUUCAUUUAUGAUUCACUGAGUGUUCUACUUAGAGUGCACAAGCCAAGCUGAUUUCGAAUGUAUUUAGGUCAAAAUGACUUAUCGAUUCUGGCGUUUUUAUUGUACAGUUGGCAAAGUAAAGUUGGGUCAAUAUAACGCUGCUCACGGUAUACUUACGCAAUAAAAUCAAGCCAAAAUAUGCCGAGGCCGGUGCGAAGGAGCCUGAGAUGCGUAUCAAAAAGGCCAAGAUCGAAAUCGAUGGCUUAGGAACUUUUGAUCCAGUUGUUCUAUCGUUAAGACUAAAGUGGGAUUUUCACGAUUGGCACGGUGCACCGUUUGAGGAAUUGUUAGAUUUCAAACUGCAGAAGGAGUACAAAGAGGGGACUAUGCAUAUCGGCGAAAUACAACCUCCUGGUUUGGAGAAUAAGGAAAAUCAAGCGCCCGGUCCUUCUUAUUCUGAAGCUGCAGCACCGCAUGAAGAGAAACAAAGAUUAUGAACCAUCUCAGUAUCUUAAGAAGAGAAAGGAGUAGUAGUUGUCCAUAGAUUUAUGCUGCAAAUCUCAAUCGAUGAUCUAAACUUUGAUCUGAAUAGUGCUUUAAAAUAAUCUGUACCAUGAUUUCUCAUUUUCUUUAUUUCCUUAUUUUCAAUUAGGCGAUA